AUGACAGAUGCAACCAACCACCCACUCUCAGGCCUUUGGCAGCCAACCCAGCUUCAGAAACUCCAUUAUGGAUCAGAAUCCGUCAAGGACCACUUGCUAGAUUGCCUACCCAGCGAGAAAAGCAAGGCCUUCAUCAUCACCGGCUCGUCCCUAGCCACCAAGACGCCUCUGGUGAAGCAAGUAGAGCAGCUCCUCGGCAGCAAGCAUGCCGGCACAUUCUCAAAAAUCGGCCAGCACGCACCCGUCGCCCAGCUUGACGAGGCGACAGAGAUUGUGCAGAAAGACGACUCAAUCGAUACGGUCAUUUCCAUCGGUGGAGGCAGUCCCAUCGACUCGGCAAAGGCAAUAAGCUACCGCCUGCAUGAGAAGUCCGGGAAGUGGCUGUAUCACAUAGCCAUCCCAACGACACUGAGCGCAAGCGAGUGUACCAUGAUGGCCGGAUACACCGAAUCCGACGGCGUCAAGACGGGUGUCCGAGCCAAAGAACUCGUCCCCCACGUCGUUCUAUACGAUGCGCAAUUCGCGCUUCAAACACCCGAACGCCUGUGGACGAGCACCGGUCUGCGCGCCAUGGAUCAUGCCAUCGAGCUUCUCUACCACCCCACCGCAACUGAAAUGCCAGCGCGGUGGCUGACGUUGCAAGCCGCUGCGAGCUUAUUUGAGAAUCUGCCGAAAUACAAAGCAGACCCUAAGAACGAGGACGUCAUCACUAAGUUGCAACUCGCGGCUUUUGCAUCCCUCGGAUUUCUGGGGUAUAACAUCAAAGGCGGUCUAGGGCUGUCGCACGCUCUGGGUUACGCUCUGGGUUCUCCGUAUGAUAUUCCCCACGGAAUCACGUCGUGCCUGACGCUGGGGCAUGUGGUCAAACUCAAGGCAAACGAUGCUGCUGCGGCGGAGCAGGUUGCGCGUUUGUUGCCGUUUAUUGGCGAGGCGGCGUCGGGCGAUGCGAAGAAAGAUGCGGAGAGGGUUGGGGAUAAGAUUUUGGAGUUGGUCAAGACGUUGGGCUUGGAUAGCGACUUGAGGAACUACAAGGUUGGGAAAGAUCAGAUUCCGGUUAUUACGAAGAGGGCGUCAGGACAGGAGAGUGGGGGCGUGUAUGAUGCGGUCGAGGGGUUGGUGAAGGGAUUGUUUGCAUGGAUGAAUGAGGUGUAG